CAGAGACUGCGCCGUGUCCGUGACGUCGUCAGUCAUCUGUGGAGGUGAGACGUGUAGCUCGCAGGCUAGCAGCUAGCAGCUAGCAGCAGCUAGCUUGUCAACCCGGACACCGACACCAGCGACCUCACACGGAACGUGUCCGCCGUGAAGCUCCCAGUCACCGAGCACCGGGACACGAUGCAGCAGGAUGGAGGUCCUGGCUCUACCGUCCUCUGAGUGGCUCUUCAGCGUGAGGACGUGGCUCUGUGUCCGCCUGCCGCACAAGGAGCCAUAAACUCCAAUGCGUCACGUCAAGUCGCCCACUGCACAGACACUGACAGACUCGACAUGUUCGCCAAGUUGAAAAAGAAGAUAGCGGAGGAGGCGGCCACAGCACCCCGGAGCGGUGUUCGAAUUCCACGCACCAUCAGCAAGGAGUCCAUCACCUCGGUGGGGGCCGACUCGGGCGACGACUUCGCAUCUGAUGGCAGUAGCUCCAGGGACGACCUGCCAGCCCAGCUCCUCCGAAGGAACGAUCAGAUCCGGAGGUUGGAGGCCAAGCUCUCAGACUAUGCUGAGCAGCUACGAAUUAUGCAGAAGACCAAGGACAAGCUUGAAAUUGCGUUAGAAAGGCAUCAGGAUUUGUCCAUUAAGAAAUUCCAGGAUCAGAAUGAAACUCACCAAGCCAGCAGAGCCAAGAUGGCGGAGGGGAUGACUUUAGCUCUGGAAAAGAAGGAUCAGGAGUGGAUAGAGAAGAUGGCUGAUGUGGAAAAGGAGAAGACUGCCCUGUCAGCCCAACUAGAGGAAAUGAUGGAGCAGAGCUUAGCACUGUUCCAGAAAAGGGAUGACCUGGAUGAACUGGAGGGCUUUCAGCAGCAGGAGCUCGCUAAAGUUAAACACAUGUUGCUGAGGAAGGAGGAGCAGCUGAGCCAGCAGGAGCGAGAGCUCCAGAAGAAAGACGCUGAAGUUCAGUCAGCGAAGCGAGAGCUGUCUAAGGCUCGAGGGAAACUCCAGCUCCUGGAGCAGCAGCACGAGGAGAGCUGCCGGCUCAACACUGAGCUGGAAAUAGAGCGAGAGGAUCUCUUGCUGCUUCGAGAGGAGGCCGACAAGAAGACGGGUGAGCUGGAGGGACGAUGCCAGGAGCUGCAUUCAGUCAUCCAGCAGGUCUCUGAAGAUUUCCAGAAGUCGCAGUGUGUGGUGUCGGACUUGGAGAAGUCCCUUAGUGAUCUGCAGACUGAACAUGAUGCCCUGAAGCUGCAACAGCAAAAGGCUGCUGUGACAGAGGAGGACAAGGAGCGCUUGUUGGCGGACCUUCAGAAGAAGGUGACCUCCCUGGACAGACGACUGCAGGGGAACCUGAGUCAGGACGAGCAUCUGCAGGAGCUUCUCCAGGAGAAGUCCAGCCUGGAGCAAAGUCUGGAGGAGACCAGAGCAGAGCUGCUGGCUGUCCGGACAAACCAUGCUGACACCGUCAGCUCUCUGGAGGCUCAGGUAUCCAGAAUGAGUUGCAGCAUCACAGAGCUGCAGACCCUCCUCCGACACAAAGACGACUCCUCCAGGGCCUACAGAGAGCGGACAGACACACAAGUUGCUCAGCUGGAGCAGCAGAUCCUGGAAAGCAGUGAGAGACUGAAGAGUGCACAGCAACAGUUCACAGAGAAACAGCAACAAAUGGAGAAACUGCGAGGCGUGUGGAGUGCAGAGAAAGCUUUCCUGGAGCAGCAGGUGUGUUUGUUACAGCAGCAGAGUGAGGAGAGGGGCGGCCGCCUGGAAGACAGCAUCACCUCUUUGGAGAAGGACAAACUGACGCUACAGGACAGGGUGACUGAUCUGGAGAGGCAGAGGGGCGAGGUGGACUCCACACUGAGGCAGCAGACAGAGGAGCUGGAGCAAUGCAGGUCGGAGCUGAGCAGCCGGCAGACGGUGAGCACAGAAAUCGCCAAAGCUCUGGAAGAAAGCAGGCGACAGAAGGAGGAGCUGCAAACACAGGUCGGAGAGCAAGCCACAUUCCUCCAGACCUCACAGCAGCAACUGACCACUGUCACUGAGAGGCUGGCCCAGAGAGAGGAGGACGUCAGAACGCUCCAGAAUGAGGUGCAGAGUGGGAAGGCCUCACAGAUCCAGCUGCAGGAGGAGGGGGAGCGGCUGCGAGCCCAGCUGCAGCAGGUGGAGUUGGACAGAGACUCGCAGCUGAUCGGCCUGAGGAAGGAGCUGCUCAGCCAGACCCAGCAGCUGGACGGCUGCCAGGCUCGGGUGUCGUACCUGGAGGUGGAGGUGGACACCCUGACAGAGCAGCUUCACAGCCCUGAGGUGUGUGAGGAGGAUCAGAACGGCAGUGUGACGGUGGAUGACCUGGAUCACAUUCAGAAAGUCAACAGGGAGCUGGAGCAGCAGCUCAGCGACAAGAACAAGACCAUCAAGCAGCUGCAGCAAAGACUGGCAGAACUGAAGAGGACGCUGCAAAAAGAACUGAAGCUGAAGCCUGAUCCAGAAGCUGAAGGGAAGGAGAAGUUGCUCGACAGCCGAGCAGAAAAACAGGAGCGGUUUUGUCCAGAGCCCCCUCCAGCGUCAGCCCUGAGCCCCCCGACCUCCAACACCACCGUGACCAACACCUCAGACCUCAACGACUCACGGGAAAUCAACUUUGAGUAUCUCAAACAUGUCGUCCUCAAGUUCAUGUCGUCCAGAGAGGCUGAGGCUUUUCAGCUCAUACGAGCCGUGUCCGUGCUGCUGAACUUCACUCGUGAGGAAGAGGACAUGUUGAAGCAAACUCUGGAGUACAAGAUGUCCUGGUUUGGAUCCAAGCCUUCUCCAAAAGGAAUCAUCAGGCCUUCAGUCUCAGGCGCCUCAAGUCCCUGGAGUUGAUGAUGAGCGGAGAGAAGUGACGCGACAGACAAGGAACUGAAGGAUCCGAGGUCUCUUCUCAAACAGCCUCUGACUCUGAGUGAGAAGGGCUGCACCGGGUGUGGGACAAAGACAUUCGUAAUCAGUUGUUGAUUUGAAAAUGACAUUAUUUUCUUUGUAAGGGUUGAGGCAGACUAAUUUUCUCUUAUGAAAACAGCAAAUGGUGAAUCAACUUGUAAGAACCUGACACACACGAUCAGCAACAGACCUGGUGUGUGACGCGUGUGAGCCUCUGGUCGAUGCAGCAGCGUUCACUGGCCCUGGACUCAAAGGGACCAUGUUCCUUGAACAGUCCACAGACUCCAGGCUGCUCGUUCAGUAGCAACAUUAAACCCCCGUUUACCUGAGAUACGAUGAAGCAUCAUUUCUCUGACGGUUGAUUGAUUGAUGAUCAGAUGUCAGGUCAUCAUCUCAUCAUCAGUGAAAUGUAAUUGCUCCCAUUUCUCUUGAUAAAAACAUUUUCAUCAUGUUGCUUCCCACUGUAUCAAAGCAACCUGUAGUAGAGCGUGACUGUCAGAGUUCAAAUGAGUUUUAAUAUGAUUAUGAUAUAAUUUUUUUAACAUAAAUACAUUACAUGGACCAUUGUUUUGCUAUGGAUCCAGUCAAUUUGAUUCGCAUACAAUUGGGACCAAAAUGUGUAUUAAACAGGACAUUUUACAGUUUGACAAUAAAGUUGUGGGCUGAACUUUGCCGGACAAACUAUAGAACAACAUUUUCUACACUAAAAGGGUAAAGGUCAAACAGGCCCCUUAUGAAACACAUUUAAAUCUGCUUUUAUUUGGAUCCACACUUAUUUGUACACACUCUGAGAUAUCAGUCCCCUAAAUAUGCCUAAUUAUUUUCAUCAAUAUCCAUAAACUAUUCCCUGGGAAAUCCCUAAAAUCUUGCUCCCCUUCAUUCCCUCCCCUUGUGCGGACCCACUCCGAGUAUGUCCCAUCCUUCUGCUCUGUACUUUCUGACAACAACAAACGGACCAGGUGAAGACACGACCUCCUUGGCAGAUGUAAAAACCUUCACAUGCUCGGUGUGUCAGAUCAGAUUCCUCCUGUCGCAGUCAGACCUCACAUGGCUCCAGCCUGUAAACCUGUAAACCAAAACGUUGAACGAGGAGAACUGGUUGGGGGUCACACAUGCUGCGUGUGGAGGUUCUGCCUGUGAAGCUCAGUUCAGGGUUCUGGUGCUGGAGAAACAAAAAUGGCUGCCACUGUUCAUGCAGACCACCAGUAUGAAUGAAGGUGGACUUUGUUUGACCUUUUGGAUGCUAACAGUGGUAAAAUGCUCUACCUUUACCUGCCUUUGCUAAUGUAAAUGAAAGAACAUUCCACGUGUCUAUUUAUGUAUAGAAAUAUGUACAUAUGGUAUGCAUUGACAAAUGUAUAGAUAUGCGGAUGUAAAUGGUUUGAUGUUUUCAGUUUGAAGUAUUUAUCAUCAUGGAGCUCCUCAGUCACAACAUGAUGACCUGCAUGUCAUUCUUUUCAUUCCUCUUCUGUGUACAGAACGUGAAUCAGAAACACACAGGUCGUCUGCAGACGUUUGUUCUCCCUGUGGAGUUCUCCCUGUUGUAAUCAUGAGACCUACAAUCACUACAGCUGUCGUGUCUUCUGCUUUUUAUGAUUUCACAGAUGCCGCCGGGUUCCAUUUUCUCCCAUUUAUUAAUAUUAAAUCCAAAAUUAUAAUAACA